AAUCACUUCACAAAUCGCAUACAAAAUGUAGAACAUUUUUAUUGCAAAUUUUAAACAAAAUACCGGCGAUAAAAUCUGCAAAUAUUAUCGUCAAUAUAAACCUUAAAACGAAACUAUAAAAAGUUUUGGUGCAUCGCUGAGCGGUAGUAUUGAAUUGUCUAUACAGAGUUACGAAGUAAUAAAAUUUGUGCCAAAAAUAUGCGUAGUAUAAUUCUAAUUGCUUUUAUUGGCACCGUAUUGAGCAUUAUGAUGCAUCGGUGCAAUGCUGGAACACCAGUGACAUCUGAAAGUUCAGAGAUGUCCGUUCAACCCUUCAGAUAUAUGAGUCGUCGUGCCGCGCAAGGGGGCGGUGGCGGUGCAGGUGGUGGCGCUGGUGCUGGCAUGGGUUUUGGUUUCGGUGCAAAUAUGGGUGGCCAAGCAGGCGCUGAAGGAGGUGGACAAAGUGUCCAUUAAAUAUUUGAAGCAAUAAAACAUAACGGCACUUUUGGCAACGAUUGCAUAUCGAAAAGGACAACGUUUCUAAUAAUUCUACACUCAAAUCGUAACAACCAAAUAUAGUAAAGCGCACCAACAACUCAAAUAUUGUACAUGAACAUUUAAAAAUUCAUACAAAAUAUGUGAAUAAUAAUAAAUGAAUUAUAACCACGUUAGAUAUCAACGGCAAAGUAUAUUUGCGAAGUAUGCUAUUUUUUAUUAAUUACAAGUUUAGGCAGACAUGUACCUAUUAUCCAUCGCACCAAAAUUUAAUAGGAACAGAGUGAUUGAAGGUGUAAGCAUUGUCUUUUGCAAUAGUACAUUCCAGGGAAUUUCUAUCCAUUUUCUAUCGAUUAAGUUGUGAUAGAUGAAGUAUAUAAUAGUAAAAAAAAAAAAAUGGCGGUAUCUUCUGCGUUAAAAGUACUCACUAGGUAAGUUUCGGACUGCACUUGGCGUUACAAUUUGGCAGCAAAAUUUUACAUGCACGCUGAACUCUAAACUGAACUUCUCCAAAGUUACUUAGCUUGGAAAGAGCAGUUAACUACCAUAUAUAUAAUAAAUAUAUUUAUAUCUCGAUAAAUAAGUGACUAAAUUAAUGUUGCAUGUUACAGAAAGAGUCACAAACAAUUAUUCUUUAACAAAAUGUAAAAAAAAAAAAUUUAUUUCAUGUUUAAAUAAAUCACUGAGAUAGCAUCUUUUCUAUAUGUAUGUAAUGUGGUCUAAACUAGUAUUUUUAGCUACUAAACUAUAAAAAGGGAGUGCGAUGACAUUGAACUAAGUUAGUUUUCAAUUUACUACUGUUCAAAAACGUCAUCGAUUUUUUCUGGAAACAUGAAGUUCAUAGCAAUGAUUGCUUUGAUUUGCACAGUAUUGGCGGUGAUGAUGUACCCAACCAAUGCUCAAAUGCCCCAAAUGCCUCAAAUGCCUGGGAUGCCUGGUGGAAGUAAUGGCCUAAUCGAUCGUGCGCGUCGCUCUGCUCAAGGCGGUGGUGCUGGUGCAGGUGGUGGUGCUGGUGCCGGAAUGGGAUUUGGCAUGGGUGCUAAUAUGGGAGGAGGAGCACAAGGAGGCCAAUAAUUUUAGUUUUCAAAUAUUUAGUGCAAUAAAACAGAGCAGUACAGAAAUAUUAUA